AUGAAUCUUCAGAUCGGGAAAAAUAUUGGAUAUCGAUACAGUAAAGCAAAAUCCGUUGUGAUGAAUAAGCCAGAAACAAAAAGAGGCGAAAAUCAACGUUAUGAACAACAAGUUAAAUUACUCAACCCGAAAAAAGGCGCGGAACCGAUCUUAUCCAUGCAUGAGACAGAGGAUGAUAGUGAUGAUUUCGAUCUGCUGAUGAACCUGGAAUCAGGUCACCGCGAUAUGUUAACACCAAAACCAUCCAUUUGGCCUAACACCACGCAGUUCAGUAAUAGAAUAAGCAAACGCACGGAAUAUGGUAAUCAGAAGCAAACAGGAUAUCUGACUUCGAAUUCAGAUUGCAUUGUGGGUACCGUCACUGGCAAUCAGCGAUGGAACCAACUGAACACCAUUGUACAAUCAGGAAAAAUCUGGACACCUAGAUAUCAGAUACCAAAGGUGUUUCCAGCUUUGGCACCACAGUAUGGAGUAAACUAUCAGCAAAAUCCAGCAAGUUGGGAUAAGGUGUCCAUAUUCCGAGGAUCAAUAGGUCAGUAUAUCACACCAAUUACACCUAUAAAUGGUAUUUUCAAUAAUAGCAUACACACGAGUCCGUCUACUUCAAAUAGUAUAUGGAUGCAAAACCGAGCAACAAAUAUUAGUCAGUUAUGGCGCAUGCUUAAUGGUGUUAAAAUCCCUGCAUAUCCCGCAUAUACAGGAUAUGCCGUAUCAUCACUACCCACCUUACCAACGGCUGCAUCAAUUUCACAAACUAAUCCAUCUUCCAAUGAUUUUCACUUCUAUAAUGGGUUACUGCUAUUACCAACAAUGACAACCAUGAAACCAAACUAUCAAAAGACUGCUGUUAGAACCGAUGAUUAUGGUAGCAAACAACAACAAAAAGAUCCAAGAAUUCAUUUCGAGAAGAAGUAUCCCAUUAAUACGGAACUGAGGACAAGUAAAACAGUGGAUUCAAUGGCAAAUCGGGGAUCUCUAAUACCAGCAUCGGAAUUUUUGAUUUUAUCGUGA